GCCCCGGGCCGGCGGCGGCGGCGGCGGCGGCAGCGGUGGUGGAGGAAGUUUCCGCUUUGCACUCCACCCCGGUAGCAGCUUAGCUGUGGGAACAGCUUCCUCCCGACGCUCGGCGGGCUUUGCUGUCGCCCCACGUCGAUCCCCCGGACCAUGGGGCUGCCCAAGGGGCCGGAGGGCCAGUGUCUCCCGGAGGUGGAAACUAGAGAAGAUGAAGAACAAAAUGUGAAGUUGGCUGAAAUUCUGGAACUCUUGGUUGCAGCUGGGUAUUUCAGAGCAAGAAUUAAAGGCUUGUCACCUUUUGACAAAGUAGUAGGCGGAAUGACUUGGUGUAUUACUACUUGCAACUUUGAUGUAGAUGUGGAUUUGCUCUUUCAGGAAAACUCUACAAUAGGUCAAAAAAUAGCUCUAUCAGAAAAGAUCGUCUCUGUCCUUCCAAGGAUGAAAUGUCCACACCAGUUGGAACCCCACCAGAUCCAAGGGAUGGAUUUUAUUCACAUAUUUCCUGUUGUGCAGUGGCUGGUGAAACGAGCUAUCGAAACAAAAGAAGAAAUGGGUGACUACAUUCGCUCCUACUCCAUAUCCCAGUUCCAGAAAACCUACAGUCUCCCUGAGGAUGAUGACUUCAUAAAGAGAAAAGACAAGGCCAUCAAGACAGUUGUUGACCUCUCAGAUGUUUACAAGCCCCGUCGGAAAUACAAACGCCAACAGGGGGCAGAGGAGCUGCUGGAUGAAGAAUCGCGAAUCCAUGCUACACUUUUGGAAUAUGGCAGGGUAACUGAUCCCUUGAUGAGAUAUGGAUUUAGUCGCCAGAGCAAAACAGAGAAGGCUGAGGACAAGAAAACACCACUUCCUGCAGGGAUGUCAGCUACAGAAAAGGCAGAUGCACACGAAGAAGAUGAGCUUCAAGUGGCUGAAGAGCAGCGUAUUCAGUCACUGAUGACCAAGAUGACUGCCAUGGCAAAUGAGGAGAGUCGUCUCACUGCAAGCUCCGUGGGUCAGAUCGUGGGACUCUGUUCUGCAGAGAUCAAGCAGAUUGUGUCUGAAUACGCAGAGAAGCAAUCUGAACUGUCAGCUGAAGAAAGUCCAGAAAAAUUAGGAACUUCCCAACUACAUCGUCGGAAAGUUAUUUCCUUGAAUAAGCAGAUUCUGCAGAAGACCAAGCAUCUGGAAGAACUGCAAUCAAGUCAUACCAACCUACAAACCAGAUUUAAUGAAACAAAGAAAACCCUAACAGAGCUGAAGAGUCACAGCGAGAAACUGGACAAAGAGCAAGCAGCCCUUGAGAAGAUAGAAUCCAAAGCUGAUCCAAGUAUUCUGCAGAACUUGAGAGCACUUGUAGCCAUGAAUGAAAAUCUGAAAAGUCAGGAACAGGAGUUUAAAGCACAUUGCCGAGAAGAGAUGACGCGGCUUCAGCAGGAAAUUGAAAACCUGAAAACUGAAAGAACACCGGGUGGAAGCGGAAAGACACUCUCCAGUGGAGAGCCACAUGGAGACCUGACCUCUGUGAUGACUCACGACGAAGACCUAGACAGAAGAUAUAAUAUGGAGAAAGAGAAACUUUACAAGAUUCGUUUACUACAGGCUCGACGAAAUCGCGAAAUAGCAAUUUUACAUCGCAAGAUUGAUGAAGUUCCCAGCCGAGCUGAGCUAAUACAGUAUCAGAAGAGAUUCAUCGAACUCUACCGCCAGAUUUCAGCAGUGCACAAAGAAACCAAGCAAUUCUUCACUUUGUAUAAUACCCUGGAUGAUAAAAAGGUUUAUUUGGAAAAGGAGAUUAGCCUGCUGAACUCAAUUCAUGAGAACUUCUCCCAAGCCAUGGCCUUUCCUGCUGCCCGAGACCAGUUUUUACGCCAGAUGGAGCAGAUUGUAGAAGGAAUUAAGCAAAGUAGAAUGAAGAUGGAAAAGAAGAAGCAAGAGAACAAAAUGAGAAGAGACCAGUUGAACGACCAGUACUUAGAGCUGUUGGAAAAGCAGAGGCUGUACUUUAAGACUGUGAAAGAGUUCAAAGAGGAGGGCCGCAAGAAUGAGAUGCUGCUGUCCAAGGUGAAAGCCAAGGCCUCCUGAACGUUCCCAGCCAUUUUUGUACAUCAUUGAUUUAUUUUUUUUUUUUAAUGCCACAUCUGUCCACUACAAGACCAUGAAAUGGUUCUGAAAGCAACAGUAGAGAGGUACAGUUGUAUUAAUUUCAACUCCCUGGAUGUUUCCUUUCUCCUGUCUGCUUCCAUUUCAUCUCUGUUGGUUGUUGCUGAUGGAAUCAUACAGUGUAAGCACUGGCUUGGAUAAUACCCAUCAUCCUAUGAAGAAAUUGGGCAGUCUGUGUUCUGUGUCCAUUCAACCUUAUUUCUCUAGUAACAUUGCACUUACGAAAGUACCUGUAUUUGUCUGGACUCUCUGAAUAAAGAAGAAUUCUUUCAUUCAGCAAGUAUUAAUUAAGCGACAAAUAAGC